AUGGAGUUCUGGACGCUGCUGAAAAAGCAGUUUACUCCCACGAAGCUACUGUUUCAUUUCCUGUUUUGGACAUUUCACUGGGCCAUUUUUGCAUAUGGAUGGUGGAAGCAAGCCGCCGACCCGCGUUUGGCGGGUCUGAACACGCUCAAGUUCUCCGUGUGGUUGUCUCGUGGUGCCGGUCUGGUGUUGAGUGUGGACGGCAUGCUUAUUCUCCUGCCCGUGUGCCGGACGAUCAUGCGGUUCUUUAGGCCAAAGAUUCGCUUUAUUCCGCUCGACGAGAACAUCUGGAUGCACCGGCAACUGGCGUACUCGAUGCUGCUGUUCACCAUCAUCCACACCGCCAGCCAUUACGUCAACUUCUUCAACGUCGAAAAGAGGCAGAUCCGUCCCGUCACGGCCAUCCAGAUUCACUAUACCCAGGCCGGUGGCAUCACUGGCCACGUCAUGCUCCUCUGCAUGCUCCUGAUGUACACCACCGCUCACCACCGCAUCCGCCAGCAGUCCUUCGAGACCUUCUGGUACACUCACCACCUCUUCAUCCCCUUCUUCCUGGGCCUGUACACCCACACCACGGGCUGCUUCGUCCGUGACACCGCGGAGCCCUUCUCCCCGUUCGCCGGCAAGGACUUCUGGGACCACUGCAUCGGCUACGAGGGAUGGCGUUGGGAGCUGUGGACGGGCGGUUUCUAUCUGAUCGAGCGCAUCUACCGCGAGGUCCGCGCCAGGCGCGAGACGACCAUCACGCGUGUCGUCCGCCACCCUUACGACGUCGUGGAGAUCCAGUUCAACAAGCCCUCCUUCAAGUACAAGGCCGGCCAGUGGCUCUUCCUGCAGGUGCCCUCCAUCUCCCGCUACCAGUGGCACCCCUUCACCAUCACCUCGUGCCCCUACGACCCCUACGUCUCGGUCCACGUCCGGCAGGUCGGCGACUUCACGCGGGCGCUCGGCGACGCCGUCGGCGCGGGGGCCGCCCAGGCCAAGCUCUACGAGGGCGUCGACCCCAUGGGCAUGUACGAGGUGGCGCUGCAGAACGGCCAGCAGAUGCCCGGCCUGCGGAUCGACGGGCCCUACGGCGCGCCCGCCGAGGACGUCUUCGAGAACGAGAUCGCCGUGCUCAUCGGCACGGGCAUCGGCGUCACGCCCUGGGCCGCCAUCCUCAAGAACAUCUGGCACCUGCGCAACGGGCCCAACCCGCCCACGCGCCUGCGCCGCGUCGAGUUCCUCUGGGUCUGCAAGGACACGAGCUCCUUCGAGUGGUUCCAGACGCUGCUGUCGAGCCUCGAGCAGCAGUCGACCGAGGCCGCCCGGAUCCCGGGCUCCAACGGCAUCGAGUUCCUCAAGAUCCACACCUACCUCACGCAGAAGCUCGACAUGGACACGACGCAGAACAUCGUGCUCAACUCGGUCGGCGCCGACUACGACCCGCUGACGGAGCUCAAGGCCCGCACCAACUUUGGCCGCCCCAACUUCAACAAGCUGUUCGCCACCAUGCGCGACGGCAUCCUCGACCGCACCUACCUCAACGGCCUCGAGGGCAGCAUGAAGACCACCGUCGGUGUCUACUUCUGCGGUCCCUCCGCUGCUGCACGAGAUAUCCACAAGGCUGCACAGCAAGCAUCCACGCGGGAGGUCCACUUCCGCUUCUGGAAGGAGCACUUCUAG